AUGGGGCUGUAUACAGCGUUUCGUACAAAUGGAGCUCCGACAUUCUACGAACCAAAUAAAACACCAUUUAAAGCUGAUCUUGUGGAAUCAGGAUUAAUUUUCUGUAUUGUGAUAUUACUUGUGUCGUUUUUGGCCAUCUUGCCCGGUAUAAGAGGAAAAGAGAAAUUAUUUACAUUUAUUCGUUUGAUGGUUAGUUUAUAUAUUGGAUCAGUCAUACUGUUGACCAAUUUUGCUCAAACUUGGGAAGUAGCCAGUGUCCAUACAGAAACAAAAUAUAAAGCUGGUACAGGGAAAGAGAUUACUGCUGAUAUUACGGUGGAUAUUGGACUAAGAGGAAUCAACAUUACUUUGAAAGGUGUACCAGAACAGCAACUGAAUGAAACCAUAAAUUACAACGAACAUUUCAGUUGGAGAUGGAGGCAGGGACGAUUGGGAUUUGCUGGUAGAUUCAGUCAGGAGUAUAGAGCGGCCCAGUUUCGUGGAUUACCACUACCUAUUUUAUGGAUUGCUGAAUAUUUUACUUUUGAUGGUGAAGGUAUUCGUUGGGGAAGACAUUAUAGACAAGCAGGAUGGUACAGUCAUAUAGCCUUAUGGUUGGCUUUCCCCAUGUGGAUAUUGGCUAAUGUGUUGUUCUUUGUAUUGUUACGAUAUGGUGCCUAUUUCCUGGGAAUGACCGGCAUGUGUAUGAUAGGAUCGAAUAUCAUCUGGGCUUCCAUUAGAAACUUCAAUGAUCCGCUGAUAAUACCAUUCACAGACCAAAACAAAUUAGUUUUUACAUUUGGCCCUUCGUAUUGGGUUUGCUUAAUCACGGGUAAGAUGGAAUAUAAAUUGUAA